AUGGCCAUGCUCCAAGCUGAGGUCGCUGGACACAACCUCGACAUGAAGCGACCGUCAAUGCGAACACACAAGAGCUUUCCUUACCUACUCGACGGCAAGAGCCACCUGAACAGCGGCAGCAACACACCAUCCGGACUUGAUGAGAUCGAGCAGCACGACAUCCCAAAUGUAACCUUUGGAGGUUCAGCACCCACCAGCCCAAUCUCGAGACUGACGCCCCCCUCCACCAACGAUGGUGUCAAUGUGGAGAAGCUCGAGGACCAAGAAGACGACGAUCUCAUCCUCGACGACAAGGACGACUGCGAGGAUGGAGAGGACAAGGGUGAAGAUAGGCAACCCAUGACCGCCGCGGAGAUACGUGCUGCCAAGCGGAAGAUGAAGAGGUUCAGACUUACCCACAACCAAACUCGGUUCCUCAUGAGCGAAUUCGCCCGACAAGCACACCCAGAUGCAGCUCACAGAGAGCGACUAGCCCGAGAGAUUCCCGGUCUCAGCCCCCGUCAGGUCCAGGUCUGGUUCCAGAACAGGCGUGCCAAGCUCAAGAGAUUAACAAGCGACGACCGUGAGCGUAUGAUGAGGUCGCGAGCCUUACCAGAUGACUUCGAUAUGGCCUCAGCAUUGCAUUCACCAUUCGGAAACUCCCACGGUCUAGGCACACCGCUGGCAUCACCCGCAUCUUACGGGUCAAGUUUCCCCGAAGGCAACAUGAUGCGACCACUAAGCAUUGAUACCUUCCGGCGAGGGCCGCUCGACUCGCACAUGUCACCCACGGGCAUUAGCCCAGCGUUCGGUGGAUUCACCUUUACUCCACCCCAGUCCGCAACCGAUACCAUUUCACCGGUAUCAGCCCACGAGGGAUCCCCCUUUGGCUUCCAUUCAGCGCCGCUCGACACUAGCCCCAGAACGUCUAACCCUUUCUCCAUGCCUGUCAGCAACCCUACCGCCUAUGCUGCACAACAUAGUAUCCCACGCCUCUCGCUCCAUGCCGACCGAAUCGCAAGAAGUCGCGCCGAGUCUCUGCAGUCGCCGUUGAGGACUAGCAUGAGCUACACUGGCAGUCACGACAGCAAUGGCUCCGAGAACCAUCACGACAGUCGGUCCUACUCGAGCUCUAUGAUGCCCUAUGGUAUUGGCUACUCCUGCUUCGGAACUUCCACGGGCAACAGAAUGCGGUCCUUCUCUAACGGCGUUCCCCGGCGCAUUGAGUUGAGCACCCACUACACUCCUCAACGCAACGGAUCGACACCACAAACAGCCCACUUUCCAUCCUUUUCUGGCUCACCGCUCGUAACACCUCAGAGCUAUGCCAUGCCUCAGAUGAGCGCACCUCACCACAUGUCGUCGUUCCCAAACUCCUACAUGCGGAACGACUCGGCGCACAAUGACUCGUAUUCUGCCGUCGGCUCUGUCCUGGGAGAAGUCAUGGAGAACACCAGCCAACACAGCGACGACCACCACGAUCAGUACUAA